UUUUUUUGGGCGCCAAUUCAUUUCAUGUCAGAACAAGAUUAUGAAGUCUUACAAAAGGCAUUUCCUUGUAGAACAACUCAAAUAAGAGAUGUAUUUGUUUUGUAUAAAGCUACUGUUUUACCACUUUUACCCUUGUAUCUCUAUGGACUGCCGAGCACUGGAAAAAAGACAGUGAUAUCUCUCUGCUUAGAAGCCUUGAAUAAACGAAAAGUGGAGAUAGAUUGCUUUCUUUGUCCCAACGAAAGAGCACUUUAUGAGAGCAUCUUGAAUCGACUAAGCAAUCAUAUUCCUAGCAAAGCAAAUGGUUAUCAAAGUUGGAAAAAGACUGAAAGACUUGCCGAUUUUAUACGGCACUUGAACGAAAUUCCUUGUAAGGAACCAACCUAUCUUAUCUUAUUACAUGCAGAUACUUUGGUAUCCAUAUGUCCAAAGGCACUCAUUGUGUUACUAGAACUAGAAAAGUAUUCAACUUUUCGAUGGAUUCACGUAACUUUGACAGCAUAUCUUCCAUGGGAGAGGCUUAAAGGACAACUUCUUUCCUUUCAUAAUGUAACUACGCCAUAUUUGAUAUGGUUUCCCAACUAUCAAUGGAAUGAAUGCGCCAUGAUAUUGGAAAACAUGUUACAAACGGAUCCUAAAUAUGAAAAACUUAAGAAACCUUUCGUAAGAACUGUGUUGGAUGUACUUUAUCAUGCAAUUCCCUAUCUCGAUCAACUAUUAACGGUAUGUCAACAACUCUUUCGAAUAUAUAUCCAACCUAUCGAAGAAGAUAUUCAUUCUGCAUCCUUUCAUGACGCAAGUCAAUUGUAUAGUAAUAUUUUGCCUUAUUUGAAACAAAGAUUGGAUGGUAUGUAUUGUCAGCAUCAACUUAUAAGCGACCGAAAUGAAAACCAACAAUCGAACAAUCAUAUUUUGGCUGAUGAAUAUCAUUUGAGCAACACUGCGAAAUUGUUAUGUAUUGCUGCUUAUAUGGCUGCACAUAUUUCCUCUAAACGAGACUCAAAAAUAUUUACCAAAAGAUCAACAUUUUUGAAAAAGCGAAGACGGAAAAAUAGCAACUACUCAACUCAAAUAGAAGACAUUCCCUUUAGCUUUGAAAGAUUUCAAUCACAGAAAAUUAUUCCAGCGGAGUUUUAUUAACUGAAUGGAAGACGAUUUGUGAUUACAAUUUCAUUGUUCCAAUGAGAACCGAUUCUUUAACGAA